AGCCCCGGGGCACAGCAGGGGCAUGGCCAAACCUUUCUUCAGACCACAGAAGUUUCUUCGUAGGACCCAGUUCCUGCUUUUCUUCCUCACAGCGGCUUACCUGAUGGCUGGCAGUCUGUUGCUACUGCAGCGCUCUCGCUUGGUGCUCCAACAAAGUUCUCGUGGGACUUCUGGCAACCAGCCAUUGCCUGUAGCAGAUGCCAUGGUGGGUGCUGGGAAUACAGACAGCCGCCUGGCACCACAUUCUCAUUUAAGCCCCAAACCUCUGGUGAACGUGGAGCUGCUCCAUGGGCCAACAUCAGACCAUAAGUAUGGGCCUCGGUGGUUGAUGUCCCGUAAUUCUGAACUGAGACAAUUGCGAAGGAGGUGGUUUCUCAGGUUCAUCAAUGAGCAGGAGCCAAUCCAGGCUGCAGGGGUGAAAGUGGUAAAGCCGGCAUCUGAAAGCAGAGGCACUUACAUCGGAUGCUUUGGCGACGAUUCCAGAGAGAGGACUUUGAAAGGUGCUGUGUUUUAUGACUUGAGGAAAAUGACAGUUUCUCACUGCCAGGAAGCUUGUGCGGAAAGGGCUUAUACUUACGCUGGCCUGGAGUAUGGAGCAGAAUGCUACUGUGGAAACAAGCUACCCUUGACUGCAGCAAAGCAGGAAGAGUGCAACCAUGAAUGCAAAGGAGAAAAAGGAACCAUUUGCGGAGGAGUGAAGAGGCUCUCUGUUUUCCGGGUGGAGGAACCGUGGGCUGGACCCCAACGACGGCGAAAUACUAUCUAUCGAGGAUGCUUUCAAGUGCCAGAAAAUUUAACAAACGCCCUGCCCGUCACUUUGAUGCACUCCAAUUUGACAGUGGAGAUGUGCUCUGAAUUGUGUUCCAAGAAAGAAUUUCCCCUGGCUGUCAUCAGAGGACCUAAUUGCCACUGCGGCUUCCCUACAAUUCAAUUCCCACUACACAACAGCUCAGACAGGUCCCUGUGUAGAAGGCUGCAGAAUGUGAGUGGCGCAGCCGAUAUGCCUGGGAGGGAGGACUACGGCCUCGUCUAUCAAACUCCAGUCCAAGACACCCGAUGUACUGACAGGAAGUUUCUCCCUACAAAAUCCAAAGCAUUUGUUGCUCUGUCGAGCUUCCCUGGAGCUGGAAACACCUGGGCCCGUCACCUAAUAGAACAUGCUACAGGAUUCUACACGGGAAGCUACUACUUUGAUGGGACCCUGUACAAUAAAGGUUUUAAAGGGGAAAAAGAUCACUGGAGAAGUAGGAGGACAAUUUGUGUCAAAACACAUGAGAGCGGCAGAAAGGAAAUUGAAAUGUUUGAUUCGGCCAUCUUGCUGAUACGGAAUCCCUACAAGUCGCUUGUGGCAGAAUUUAAUCGGAAAUGCGCUGGCCACCUUGGAUAUGCUACAGACCGGAACUGGAAAAGCAAAGAAUGGCCAGAUUUUGUAAACAGCUAUGCCUCGUGGUGGGCUUCUCACGUGCUGGAUUGGCUGAAAUACGGGAAACGUCUCCUUGUCAUUCACUAUGAAGACUUGAAACAGAACCUCCUGCCCCAGCUCAAAAAAAUGGUGGAAUUUCUGAACGCCCACGUCACUGAGGACCGGCUGCUCUGCGUGGAAAACAACCGCGAUGGGAAUUUCAAGCGAUCAGGUGCCAGGCAGAAGAGAUUUGAACCAUUCACAAAGGAAAUGAAAGACUUGAUCAAUAAAUAUAUUGUGAUUGUGGACAAAGCACUAAGGGACAGAAACUUUACUGGGCUGCCAAAAGAAUAUUUGCCCAGAUGAUGGUCCUUC